CUGACAAAAACAAUAACAAAGCGCGGUCCUUCCGCGACCCCGGCGGCGGUAGGGCCUGGCCCACCGCCCCGUUCCGCACCGGCCCGCCGCGGCGUCCCGGCCGCUCGAGCCCCCGGGCUCCUGCCCUCCGGCGCCCGCCCGGCCCGCGCCCUGCCCUCCGUGCCGGGGGCGCCCGCCGCAGACACGGGACCUGCUCCGCGGCUGUUGUGGCGUCCGACCCUGAGGUACCACGUACACAGACCACUCGGCCGGAAUCUCCAGGGAUGACCAGCCCCUCCCCACGCAUCCAGAUAAUUUCCACCGACUCUGCGGUAGCCUCUCCUCAGCGCAUUCAGAUUGUAACAGACCAGCAGACAGGACAGAAGAUCCAGAUAGUCACCGCAGUGGACACCUCUGGAUCCUCCAAACAGCAGUUCAUCCUGACCAGCCCAGAUGGAGCUGGAACUGGGAAGGUGAUCCUGGCUUCUCCGGAGACAUCCAGUGCCAAGCAGCUCAUCUUCACCACCUCGGACAACCUUGUCCCUGGCAGGAUCCAGAUCGUCACGGAUUCUGCUUCUGUGGAGCGUUUGCUGGGGAAGGCAGACGUCCAGCGGCCCCAGGUGGUGGAGUACUGUGUGGUCUGUGGCGACAAAGCCUCAGGCCGUCACUAUGGGGCUGUCAGUUGUGAAGGUUGCAAAGGUUUCUUCAAAAGGAGCGUGAGGAAGAAUCUGACCUACAGCUGCCGGAGUAGCCAAGACUGCAUCAUCAACAAGCACCACCGUAACCGCUGCCAGUUCUGCCGGCUAAAGAAGUGUCUGGAGAUGGGCAUGAAGAUGGAGUCGGUACAGAGUGAACGGAAGCCCUUUGAUGUACAACGGGAGAAACCAAGCAAUUGUGCUGCUUCGACUGAGAAGAUCUAUAUCCGGAAAGACCUGAGAAGUCCUCUGAUAGCCACUCCAACGUUUGUGGCGGACAAGGACGGGGCAAGACAAACAGGUCUUCUUGAUCCAGGGAUGCUUGUGAACAUCCAGCAGCCUUUGAUACGUGAGGAUGGUACGGUUCUCCUGGCCACGGAUUCCAAGGCUGAAACAAGCCAAGGAGCUCUUGGUACACUGGCAAAUGUAGUGACUUCUCUGGCCAACCUGAGUGAAUCUUUAAAUAAUGGUGACACUUCAGAAAUGCAGCCAGAGGACCAGUCUGCAAGUGAGAUUACUCGGGCAUUUGACACCUUAGCGAAAGCACUUAAUACCACAGAUAGUGCUUCACCUCCAAGUCUGGCAGAUGGGAUAGAUGCUAGUGGAGGAGGGAGCAUCCAUGUCAUCAGCAGAGAUCAGUCAACACCCAUCAUUGAAGUUGAAGGCCCCCUCCUUUCAGACACACAUGUCACAUUUAAGCUUACAAUGCCCAGUCCUAUGCCAGAGUACCUCAAUGUGCAUUAUAUCUGCGAGUCUGCAUCCCGCCUGCUUUUCCUGUCCAUGCACUGGGCAAGGUCAAUCCCAGCCUUCCAGGCACUUGGACAGGACUGCAAUACCAGCCUGGUACGGGCCUGCUGGAAUGAGCUCUUUACUCUUGGCCUAGCCCAGUGCGCACAGGUUAUGAGUCUUUCCACCAUACUGGCAGCCAUUGUCAACCACCUGCAGAACAGCAUCCAGGAAGAUAAGCUUUCAGGUGACCGGAUAAAGCAAGUCAUGGAGCACAUCUGGAAGCUGCAGGAGUUUUGUAACAGCAUGGCGAAACUGGAUAUAGACGGCUAUGAGUACGCAUACCUUAAAGCUAUAGUUCUCUUUAGCCCCGAUCAUCCAGGUUUGACAGGCACAAGCCAGAUUGAGAAAUUUCAGGAGAAGGCACAGAUGGAGCUACAGGACUAUGUGCAGAAAACCUACUCAGAAGACACAUACAGGUUGGCCAGGAUUCUUGUCCGCCUGCCAGCACUCAGGCUCAUGAGCUCCAACAUAACAGAAGAACUUUUUUUUACUGGUCUCAUUGGCAAUGUUUCAAUAGACAGCAUAAUACCCUACAUCCUCAAGAUGGAGACAGCAGAAUAUAAUGGCCAGAUCACUGGAGCCAGUCUAUAGUGCACAGCUGACAGCCACCAACAGUGGGAUGCCUCCUAGGACUGUGCAGGUGCAAGGGAAGGGAAGUAGCAGUGUCUUGGUUUAUGCAGGUGUCUCCAGUGUGUUAGCCACUUCCUCCUGUUCAUCCCAGACAAUAGCAACUAAAGACGAGUAGAAUACUUCCCUGCCCUAAGAAAUGUUUUCACACCUUUUGGUGCAGCAGAUUUUGGAAUAACCUUCUAAUUCAAUUUGUAUUUAGAAAUUCUCAAAGGGCAAAAAACAAUACUGAAGUUUUAUAAUAUCAGAGACUAGUAUUAAAAGAACCUAAGAACAGUAUGUGUAAAUACAUUUAAAGAAAAACAAAGAGUCCUUGGAAUUAAUAGCUACUAAUUACCAGGGUAAUGUUAGCACUUUCUAAGCAUUUCUUAUCAAGUCUGCAAUGUUACCAUCUUGCCUGUGGACAGUGCAAAUGGAAAACCGUCUCUUUUGUCAAAAUGCUAAUGAUCCCUGUGAAAACUCACUAGGGUACAGGAGACAAUCGCUCACAUUUAGAAGAGGGCGGCACUCCUAGCUGUGCACAGUGGUGGUGCUGAGCUAAAUCCCUGUGAAUGAGAUGUGGAUUCCUGGCAUUGUGUGCAGGUGACAGAAUUGGCAGUGACCCACUAAGAGCUGCUGUGUCAGCCAGAGAUGCAUGUCACAGUCCUUGCCCACAUGGUCCUGAUCCUUGAUGUCUGUCUGCAGACUCUUCCAGAACCUGGGCUUCACUAAUUUUCAAAAUUAAGAUUGGAGCUUGUCAGCGUGCCUGUGAUGAGAGUCAUAAUUCUUCCAUGACUGAAAGUUUGUCCAGCUCCCUCUACCAAUUCAUAGGAAUUGGAGCCUUUGACCAAAAAAGUUCAAGGUGGGUGAUAUGCAGUCUUCAGCAACAUGACCUAUAGAAGUUCAUGGUGUUCAGGAUAAGUACGGCUUCAGCAGUGAGGGUUCCUAUUACUGGUGUGCCUGGAGAGGAGCCAGUAUCUUCAAUUGUUCACUCAGAACCUGCAGCUGAGUGGGACUGAACAAACGGCAUCAAGAUACAUUCUUUCUGAUCUCUGUUAGUGGUUUCAGUGUACUUGAAGACCAUGCUUUUCAGUUCCCCCACGAAUGUGCUAGUCCAACAAAGCCUUCUGGGGCAUUUGAAAUAACAAGCAGACUACCCUCUAAAGAGGAUCCAAAAGCAAUCCUUAGACAGGGCAUAUGGUGCAGGCCUGUAAUGUCAGCACUUGGGAAGCUGAGGCAAGAGGAUUAUAGACUCAGGGUCAACCUGAGCAACUUAAUGAGGAAACUCCUGAGUUUUAAAAGGGUCUGGGGAGUAGGGUAGAGUGGUGACUUAGUGGUAGAGUGCUUGCCUAGCAUGUUCUAGGUAGGUCCUGGGUUCCAUUCCCAGUACCAAAAUCAAAAAGAAAAACCCUCAUUCACAAAUUCCUUCAAGUUAUAAUGAUAAUAGCUACCAACAAGAGUGCAGAAUUCAGUUCCAAGGAAGACAGAUCUGACUUUAAAGCUCUCUGCAUUCCCAUGGGCACAAGACUGCAGCAGCAGGAAAAAAGUGGAAGGUUGGGACAGGUACUUGGUAUUCGUUUUUUUGAUAGCAGAAACUAAGAAAGUUAAGUUUGUACCUGUUGGUGGACAGGUACAGCUAUGGAGCUCAAGGCUACAUUGGCUGUUUUCUUUUGAGGCGCUAAUGACACUUUGUCCACUGCCAGCAGGGGUUAAGUGCAGAUAGUAUCUCUAGCUUCUGAAUUCCUAGCUAGAUUUGUAAGCCAGUAUUGGAGAACAGCAGGGAUGGCCAGUAUAAAAUGGAAAGGAUCUAAUUUUGCCAGCUUAAGUUUCUUUUUUCUUUUUAUGUGUAUGUCAAAGUUAAGACAAAAGGAUUAGACAUGAGUAAGUAUGGGUCUAUUUAAUAUCUUUAGAGGUUUCCUACAGUACAUAUGUUCAUCCUAUAGUUUCUGGCUUUGCUUCCCUUAAGAUUUUACAGUGUGAGCAUGCCAGUUGUUUCUAGGCCACUCAGACAGGGCCUGGGUAUCCCAGUUCCCAUUAGGCUAUUUAGACUAUGGUUGGAUAAGAAGUCCCAACCUCUGGUAAGAUGACACUAGAGGAGUUGGGGGAGGAUUUUGCUUAGAAAAGAGUUAGUGAUUCUAACCUGGUCCUUUGUAAAAGUCCCGUCAUUGGCAAUGGCCAAUUCGCAGGGCCACUUUGGUCCAAACUCCCUUCCUUUACUGGUUGUCCAGAUUUUCGUGGCCUUACCUUUAACAAUUAUAUCCAUACAAUGUUCUCUUUAACUGAAAUCAUUUCAAACUUUGAAUGUUCCAUUCCAUCUCUUGUCAAAUGGACCUAGGAAGGUCAGCCCCAAUUUCUUUCUUACAGAUAGCGCAUUGAUGCCUAGGCUUCAGCUUUCAGGACUUGCCACCCUUGAUUUAGAGUCUGUGAUACUCUAAAUCUGAUGAAGCAGGACUGACCUGUCUAGACAUUCCUCUCUCAGGGAGGAGCUCUGACCUGGCUAACUGGGCUUUUCCAGAAAUAUCUCAAAUAAGGUUAAGAUAGUUCCAUGUUGAAAUGUGGGAUUAAACAGGACAGGAGACGUAGACAGAGACCAAAUUCCCUAAGCAAGUCAUCCUAGUUACUCCUCAAAGUGUUAGUUGGUCACUUCCAGUUCGCAGUGUGUUGAAGGGGCUUAUUUAUUGCCUACUCUCAUGCUGAGGCUGCAGUUGAGGCUGUACUGUCUUGAGUUUCUGUACUCAAGUUUAAGGAGUCACUUCUGCCCGUGGAAUGGUUUUCUAGUUUGUCAGUGUCAGUAUUAGAUGUGGACAGUGUUACUGAGGCAGUCACGGCAUCAACCAGGGUGGCCAGUGUGGCCCCCAAGUGGAGCAGUAUCACCCACACUACACACACUUGUUUCUUGAAGGGUAGUCCUGCUCAUGCACUUCCUCAAAUCAGUAUCCCUGACAGCAGGAACUAUCAUCUGGGACCUGGUGUCAUGGGGGUCUGGAAACCUGUUGUGGCUCUCCAGUGGCUGGGUGCAGUGGAGCUGUUGGUGCUGCUGAAACUCUUAAGUCCAAGCUAUGAAAAAGCACCACCUAAUAGUUGCUUUUCUCUAGGGGGAGGGUCCUGGGAACAUCUCACACUGGCAAACAAAACAAAACAGAAAGCCCUACCUCUUCCUUUGCCUAACUUCCAGUCUCCAGAUUAUGUAGUUCUUUGCAAGUCUUAGUGCUUUUGUCAAUUUCUAAAGCUAACUCCAAAAGGAGAUGGGGUUGGCCUAGGUGUUUUGUAUAAAGUUCUGGACUUCCUCAUUGAGUGCCUCCCACCAGUGUGCACUUUCUGUGCACUACCUGUCCCUUCAGCCGCACUGUGCAUGUCCAGAGUUACAGGCCUAGAUGACUGAAUGAAUGUACAUGUGUUCAUAUUAUCUUCUUUGUACAGUGUAUAUAAUGUGUGUACAUAGGUGUACAUUAUGUAUACAGACAUGUAGCCACAUAUUCAAACCUUUAUGUUGUCAAGAGUUGAUGCUAGCAUUGCUAAUGUGAAUGGAUGUGGGGGUUGUAAGGUUCCCUUAACAGGGACAUUGUGCCGGUGAGUUUCUUACAAACUUCAUUUUCCAGGGACAAGGAGCUGCCUGGGCCAGGUGUCACUCAUUCCUGCACAAUGAAGCCUUGAGCCAGAAAGGUCCUGACAGGAGGGCAGUUCUUUAAGUUUACAAGGGCCCAGAAGCUAGAAGAGAUGUUAGCCUAAUAUCCAAAACUAAGGCUAUAUCUGCCUUUUUUUUUUUUUUUUUUUUUUUUCACAGAAGAGUUUAGCCUAACUGGAAGGAACUUAGUGAGACCCUCAGCCUUCUCCAGAACCUGGAGCUUUGUGUGGCUAUAGACAGGCACUUAGGAACCAAGGGGCUGCAGCAGUUUUCCCUUGUUUACCCUGUGCUGUCAGCAAGACUUGGUGGUAAAAAAAAAUAACCAGCCUACCAAACAUUCUCUGAAAACAAUGCUGAUAGCUAACUUGUGGCAUAUAAACCACAAAUGGUAAAUUGACCCUUUUAACUAGAAGUGAGUUUUAUCCUGAUUUAACUACAUUCUGUAAAAAAAAGUUAGUAUUUAAUAGUAAGAUAAGGUUGGCAUACUUUGCUCAUCCACCAGGUCUAUUCUAGUGAAAUUUGUCCCCUCUAUGAUUGGGAUUUUAGGCUGAGAUGUGGACUUGGGAGAUGGGGCCCAGCCUACUAAGGGCUGCUAGUGGCUAUGGUGAGCAGGCACUUGGCUCUGAGGAAGCUAAGUGUAAAAACUUGCCUGACCCAUAGGUUGCUUUGUGUUUUUGAAAUAAACUACUGGAGUGUUCUAAGAAAUAAUUGUUAAGACUGUAAAGACUGUAGUUAGUCCUCAGUGCCUUUGGUGAGACGUGGGUCAUUUGGCUUCAGCUUCCCACUUGUGUCCCUGGCCUCACCCCUCAUGGUUGUUCAAUCUUGCCUGUGUUAUUAUUGCCUGUUGUGACAAUCGCACUAUUGAAAGUGGCUUUCCAAGUAAAACACAGGGAAGCUUGGCAGUCUCUAAAUGAAUCCUUUCAUUUUCUUUGGGGGCUAUUGUCUUAGCAACAACUUAAACAGUAAACUUAAAAGUGGCUUAGGAAGGAGAAAGAUAUCAGACAUUUCUAAUGCUCAGCAAUAUGCACUUUCAGUUAAUUUUCAAUAAUUUUAGUAUUUAUACACAAUGUAGGAAAAAAGCUCAACAUUAUCACUGUUAAGUUUUAGUGUUUGGGUAACAUUUGGUAUAGACUGCACAUUAAAAAUGGCCUUUCUUCAGGAAGGUACCAUCAGUUGUCAUCCCAACAGCCUGCUCAUUCACGGAUGCCAAUGCUACUGCACACACAACUCAAGUGCUGUAAUAUUUUUCUAGUCUGUUUUCCCAAUUAACUUGUAAAUCAGUGUUCAACUAGUUUUGUAACUGAAAAGCUGCACAUUUUUCAUAGUACCAGCUAGUUUGUACCUGUAGUUUGGAUUUCUCUGUUAAGAUACAACUGAGUUAUCUGCCCCCACUCUUUUUUUUUUUUUUUUUUUUUUUUUUUAAGGACAUCUACUAAAGGAAAGUCCAGUGUGAAAUUUUCUUGGGACCGGUUGUGUAACUUCUGCCCUUCAUAUUAUAGAAAAUGCCAUGGAUGCCAUUACCUUUUGAUUCCAGGUUUAAAACCUGUGGAGAGCUGCCAUUUUGUACAGCUUUUCUCCCCAUGUAAAUGAGCUAUGUGAUGGCAUUUAAAACCCGCAUGCUCUUUUUAAACUGAAUUUUCUAUUUAAUCAAUGUCUUCAGUCCUGAAGGAGAAUCUGCAUCAUUGUGUCUGUGUAGAAAAUUGCUGUGCAUGGUUAUGAGCGCCUUUUACUAAAUGCUGUUCAAUGUGGCUUUGUUGUUGUGGCUUAAUACUACCUACAUGAGGUUUAUACUAUUAAAGUAAAUUAAAGAUUAGAA